GCGACUUUCGAGGGGGAGGGAAUCGAAAUGGUUAUGCCUUGGCCCCGGGGCAGGGUUUGCCAAGGUCAGCCUCACUUAUGGAAAUGCGGGGGUUGGGAGGCAGACAGCGCGUCAUUUAGAUCCAAGAGGCUCACGGAAAGAGGGAAGGCAGGCAGGCAGGCAGGCAGGCAGGCAGGCCUCGCGCUCCACACCUUCAGCCGUUUCAGUGGUUUGGGGAGAAGGCCUCGCGUGCCCCUAGCGGUGGUGCCGUCUGUCUCGAGCGCCCACUGCGCUAGUGCUUGCAGAGCAGAGCGGUCUUCCUCCUCCUCCUCCUCCUGCUGCUGCUGCUGCUGCCGCCGCCGCCGCCGAGAGCUCUAUGUCGGUGGGUGCAAGCGCGCGACCCCGUGGCUCGGGCAGCACCUGACAGUAAACUGCUUGCCAGCCAGGCAAGGAGCGCGCAGAGAGCGCUGCAAAUUUCCCUGCUGCUGCUGCUGGUUUCUCGACAAGAGCGGAGCCAGCAAACGCGGAGCUGCUGAUCCCUGAGCUCCACCACACUUCAGAAUGCAGCAGCUGGCUUCCUGCCUGGGCUUGUGGCUCUUCCUCCAGCUUCCCUGCCUGGGCUCUGGGACACGUGUAGUCUACAAGGUACAGGAGGAGCAGCCACCCAACACACUCAUUGGAAGCCUGGCAGCGGACUAUGGCUUCCCAGAUGUGGGGCACCUGUAUAAACUGGAGGUGGGUUUCCCCUACUUGCGUGUGGAUGGCAAGACCGGUGACAUCUAUACAACAGAGACUUCCAUUGACCGGGAGAGCCUGAGAGAAUGCCAGCAGCUGUUUCCAGGGGAGCCUUGUUUUCUGGAGUUUGAGGUUUCUAUCACGGACCUGAUGAACAACAGCCCACGUCUGCUGGAGGGGCAGAUCGAGGUGCUUGACAUCAAUGACAAUACACCCAACUUUGCCUCUCCUGUCAUCACUCUAGCCAUUCCUGAAAACACUAAUAUAGGAGCACUCUUCCCCAUCCCCUUGGCCAUGGACCGUGAUGCUGGUGCCAAUGGUGUAUCUUCCUAUGAGCUCAUGCCCGGUUCAGAUGCCCAGAAACUUUUUGGCUUGCAGGUGGCAGAGGACCAAGAUGAGAAACAGCCACAGCUGAUUGUGAUGGGAAACCUCGACCGGGAACAAUCAGAGUCGUAUGAUUUAACCAUCAAAGUACAGGAUGGAGGUAGCCCACCACGUGCUAGCAGUGCCCUCCUACGCAUCACCAUCCUAGACAUGAAUGACAAUGCACCCAAGUUUGAGAAGCCGCUUUAUGAGGCUGAACUCUCAGAGAAUAGUCCGAUGGGACACUCUGUAUUGCAGGUGAAGGCCAAUGAUUCUGACCAAGGUGCUAAUGCUGAGAUCGACUACUCUUUCCAUCAAGCUUCAGAUGUGGUUCGCAGGCUACUGCGCUUGGACAGAGCCACUGGACUCAUCACUGUGCAGGGUCCUGUUGACCGUGAGGACAUCAAUGUGCUGAAGUUCUCCGUGCUGGCCAAGGACAAGGGGGCCAACCCCAAAACUGCCCGUGCCCAAGUGGUGAUAAGUGUCAGGGAUAUGAAUGACAAUGCUCCAUCCAUUGAAAUUCGUGGUAUUGGCUUGGUUACCCACCAGGAUGGCAUGGCCAAUAUCUCAGAAGAUGUGUCAGUUGAGACACCUGUUGCUCUGGUACAGGUGUCUGAUCGGGAUGAGGGUGAGAAUGCUGUUGUGACCUGUGUGGUGGCUGGUGAUGUACCCUUUCAGUUGCGACAAGCCAGUGACACUGGGAGUGAUAGCAAAAAGAAGUAUUUUCUGCAGACCACAACACCACUAGACUAUGAGGCAGUGAAAGAAUACACUAUUGAAAUUGUGGCUGUGGAUUCUGGCAACCCACCCCUGUCCAGCACCAACUCUCUCAAGGUACAAGUGGUGGAUGUCAAUGACAAUGAUCCAGUUUUCAGUCAGAGCUCAACAGAAGUGGCCUUUCCUGAAAAUAAUUCCCCAGAUGACUUGGUGAUGGAAGUGAGUGCUACUGAUGCAGACAGUGGGUCCAAUGCUAAGCUGGUAUAUUCAUUAGUGACAGAGCCUUUAUCCAAAGGCAUAUUCUCAAUUGAUCCAGAUUCUGGUGAAAUUCGGGUGAAGACUGUGCUGGAUCGGGAGCAGAGAGAGCGUUAUGAAUUCUUGGUGGUUGCAGCUGAUAAGGGUAGCCCUAUCCGCAAGGGAACCGCCUCAGUCACCAUCAAUGUCAUGGACCGCAAUGACAAUGACCCAAAGUUUAUGCUAAGUGGCUACAACUUCUCUGUCAUGGAAAAUAUGCCACCCUUGAGUCCAGUGGGCAUGGUGACAGUGAUUGAUGCUGACAAAGGGGAGAAUGCCCUCAUUCAUCUCUCAGUGGAGCAGGACAAUGGUGACUUUGUCAUCCAGAAUGGUACUGGCACUAUCCUCUCCAGCAUCUCCUUUGAUCGUGAGCGGCAGAGUACUUAUACUUUCCGGCUUAAAGCUGUGGACGGUGGUGACCCACCCAGAUCUGCUUAUGUGGGGGUGACCAUCAAUGUGCUAGAUGAGAAUGACAAUGCGCCUGUCAUCAUCUCUCCAUCCAAUGGCUCCUAUAAACAUAUUCUACCCCAUACUAGUCCUGGGCAACAGGUCAUGAGUGUCGGAGCUGAAGAUAUUGACACUGGGAUCAAUGCUGAGCUGCAAUACAGCAUCACUGGUGGAAACCCCUUUGAACUCUUCAAGAUUUCACUUCAGAAUGGAAACAUCACACUAGAAAAGGAGAUCCUUCGUAAGCACCAUGGGCUUCAUCGCCUGGUUGUGCGUGUAAAUGACAAGGGCAAGCCUUCUCGCCAUGGCACAGCUUUAGUCCAUUUCUAUGUCAAUGAGACUUUGGUUAACCGCACUCUACUGGAGAUACUAGUGGGACAUAGUUUGGACACACCCAUUGACAUUGACAUUGCUGGUGACCCUGAGUAUGAGCGUAGCAAGCAACGCAGCAAUAUCCUCUUUGGUGUCAUUGCAGGCAUAGUAGCUGUCACCCUGGUUAUUGUGCUUGUAGUGCUGGUGCGCUACUGCCGUCAGAAGGAAGCCAAGAGUGGCUACCAGGCUGGCAAGAAGGAAACCAAGGACUUGUAUGCUCCCAAGCAAGGGAGCAAAGGGAGCAAAGCCAAGAGCAAGAUGAAAAAGAGCAAAUCCCCCAAGCCACCCAAACCAGCUGAGGAUGAGGAAGAAACCAGCCUGCAGAAAUCCCUUAAAUUUAACCUUAUGAGUGAUUCAGUCAGUGACAGCCCUCGCAUACACCUGCCCCUUAAUUAUCCACCUGGCAGCCCUGACCUGGGUCGCCACUACCGCUCCAACUCUCCUCUGCCUUCCAUCCAGCUCCAGCCCCAAUCGCCAUCUGCCUCCAAGAAACACCAGGUUGUGCAGGACCUACCAGCCACCAAUACGUUUGUGGGCACUGGGGACAGCAAUUCUACGGGCUCAGAGCAGUAUUCAGACUACAGCUACCGCACCAACCCUCAGAAAUACACCAAUAAACAGUUACCUCAUCGCCGAGUGACAUUCUCUGCAGCCAAUCAAGCUCAAGAUCUGCAGGAUCCCUCUCAACACAGUUACUAUGACAGUGGUCUUGAGGAGUCAGAAACACCAAGCAGCAAAUCUUCAUCAGGACCUCGCAUUGGACCCUUGGCUCUGCCUGAGGAUCACUAUGAGCGCACCACACCUGAUGGCAGCAUUGGAGAGAUGGAGCACCCUGAGAAUGAUCUCCGGCCUUUGCCUGACGUAGCCAUGACAGGGACCUGCACCCGGGAAUGCACAGAGUUUGGUCACUCUGACACCUGCUGGAUGCCAGGUCAGUCCUCUCCAAGCCGACGGCCCAAGAAUGCCCUCAAACUCUCUACAUUUGUGCCUUAUCAAGACAGAGGGAGUCAAGAGCAAGUUGGGAAUGGCAGCCCCAAACUCUCAGAAGAGCGAAACACCAAAAUGGCUAACCUCCGUCUGCUCCCCACAUACAGUGCCUUCUCCAACAGUAGCCAUGAGUCCUGCAAGGACUCUCCCAUGGAGGAAAUCCCUCUCACCCAGACCUCGGACUUCCAGACAGUCACCACACCAUCAUCCCAAACUGCCAAGCGGGAGAUCUACCUGUGAGACUGAGAGGACCAUGGAAGUACCUGAAAAACACCACUGAGUGUCUGGAACUCGAAGAAUAAAAAGAAGGGACUUUUUCAAACUGUGAUGCUAUAUCACUCGCAUUGGCGGUUCUGUGCCUGCCAGGUGAGGAUGCCUUGCCCAGGCUCUGGGCACAGGAACACUUUUGUACACUCAUUGCUCCCAGGGCAAGAGGACUGACACCAAUCUGAAUUACCAAGCUCUUGAUAAAGUGGUCCCUAGAUGUCUGGAAAGAGGGGGAAAGGAACCUAUUGAAGAGGGCUUGGCCUCAUGGCUUCAGGGGCGGGGGUGGGGGGAAGGGUUUAGUUACCAAAGGUCCACACAGACUUGGUGGAGUCCCUUGGGCACAGGGCUGAGGGCACCUGGCAUAGGUACAGGGGAGGAAAGCUGCCUCUCUUAUUACUGUAGACUCCUGUAAAUAUGAAUCUUAGGAAUGACAUUUGCGUCCUGCCUGAUCAAAAGUUUUAUUGUCCUUGAAACAAAAAGACAUUGAAUCAAUCAAAACAAAACCACAGGGAGCAAUUUCCAGCUUGAAUCUUUCACCACACAGAAGAGCACAUGGGCGCAAGCACUUCCAACCAGCCCAGCAUUGCCUUUCACAGUAUAAAUAAGGAUGAGGUACUGGUUUGUGAGGGGAGAGCUUUGGCCAGUCAGCUGGAUUGGGAAGGAGGGCAUUACACAGCUUUUAAAUCCUAAUCUCUUUCCGGACUUCAGCAACUCUUCUCCUCAGGUGUGGGGGAAUCCUAGAGCUGGUAGCUGUGGCUUUGUGCUGGUCCUCCUUUGCCCAUUUCCCAUGGGAGGUGGAGCUGGGCCAAUAAGAAAGAUGGAAGAGACUUCAGUUCUUCAGGUGGUACAACCCCCUCAUUUCCCAAUAUCUCUUCUGCUUCACCUGAGAUAGGGAAUUCCCAUGGGGUCAUUGGGCCCCAGCACCAUGAUUCUGGCCUUUGAUUUGUCUGCCUGUAAGCCACCAUUGCCUUUGUGAAAUGGAGCUCUGACUCAGGGUCACACUGGAGGCCACAGGGCCUCCGUAUGCUGGAGUCAUCCUCUCUCCCUAUACCUUUAGACCACAGGGCCAGCUUCAAGGGCUCCAAUUUUCUCUUUCCAGUGCAACAGGUUUAGCCACAUACUACCAAACUGUAGGAGCCCUGUUGUGCUGUUGCAGUUACAGCAGGGGCCCAUAAAGAACAGUGGAACUACCUUUGCAUGAUUGACCCCCAACAGUGAGUGCCCUCAAAAGAGCAGCCCUGAUUGGGAAAGGGAGAAUGCAUCUUCUUCCAGCCAUCUCGUAGGCUGCUUUAGUGACUUGGUCCAUAAGUCACUCUUUGCUGUCCUGAUUUUGUUGGGCCUGCCUGAGUCCAUGUAGCCUAGUGCUCAUGGCAAUCUCUUCCCAUCAACUUCCCUGCCUGCCAGCCAGUGUUUGUUGGACUUCAUUCCAAUGCACAUGGCUAUGGAGGGUACAAGUUCACUGGUACACUUUCCGGCUAUGAACCUCUACCCUCUUGAUCAACUGAUACUUUGGGCCCCAGUGUUGUUCUCUUACUACUUGUAUGCCUUGGCUUGGCUCUUCUAAUGCCCAUAGGACCUGCCCCCCUUUCCAUACGUUGCCAUGGGUCACAGAUGUGUUCCUCUUUGCUGUGUUGCAGAAGGCAGACUGGCCAUCACCCUUCCUUGCUGUGUCUCUGUUCAACGUUCUGAUUUGAGUGGAUCUAGGAAGGAGAGAUGGGGAGAGAGGCAGCUUGUGGCAUAUGCAGGCAAACCUCUUCUUAUAUUUUGGGGGUACAUUGUGCAUGUGUGUGUCAGGGCUGACAGUGUGGAGACAAGUUGGUAGUCUGGUCAGGAAGCAAGUUCCUCAGACCAAGGAGCCAAGCCAGACUCCGAAGCUUUACAGGAUCUUGUGGAAUCUUGAUUGUCUCCUUUCUGUCAUCUGCUCCCUGCUAAGCACAUUGUUACAACAUCACCUUUUACUUAUUAUUUGUGAGUUAUGCAGUGGUGACACUGAAGCAGACCAGCAAUUCCUUCCUGUGGCAAACUGCCACAUGUUAUAGAGCACUAGGUGACUGGAUUCCAGUAUCAGAGUCCCCAGUUUGAGAUCUCUGGUGACUUACAGUGCGCACGAGAGUAAAGGACUUUUACUUAGGGAUACCUUGAGUGUUUGUUUGAGUCCACAAGGACAGCAGCCACCAUUACCAUGCCCAGGGGAAUUGCACACUUUCUGGAGGCUCCAGAAAGUGUGCUUUCCUUAAAGGCCCAGUUGGAACGGGGGGGGGGGGCAGGAAAGCAUGCUUUCCAGAGCCUCCAGAAAGUGUGCAAUUCUCCCAACCAUGCUCUGAAAAGCAUACAUCAUCGUCCCCCUGAGCCAACGGGGGAGGGAAAGGUGCAAUUUCCCAUGUGUCCAGAAAUUGUGCAUUUCCCCCCUCUACACUAAUGGUGAGUGAUUGCUGCCAUUAGCGCAAAGGAGGGAAAAGGACGAGUGGUUGCCAAGGGUCUGGGGGCUUGUGGGUCUCCGGAGCACUCAGCAGGGGCUCACACAGCCGAGCUCAUUGGAGCAGACCAUGGCCACAGGAGCGUGCAAGCACUCGCAGGGCAGACCAUGCCUGGUCCGUAAAACCCUACUUUUACACUUCUGUUCCCUAUGCUCCCCAAGACUCAGGGCUAAUUUAGCAGCAAGUCCUGAAAUGGCUAGUUCUCUCCAUAUUCACUCAGUUGGUAGUAGGCACUAUGACUAAAUCACUCUGCCCAGGGACGAAAUGUACUUCAGCCACUCGGUCCAAAUCAAACGCUGUCCUAUGACACUUUAAAGUGCCACCGUAAGGUAUGGAGGGGGGCAGGACCCUCCUCCCGGUCUCUUCUUUGUAAUUAUGUCCCUGCUGUGAAAGGCAUAGGUAGAAGCCAGGCUCCCUGAUAAGGAGAUAUCUGAGGUUCCCAGGUAAGGUUAUCAGCUUUUGUUUUUAAUAAAAUGGCCUAUGGAAAUGGCCACUAAAAUAGGAUGAUCCAUAAGCUGACCUCCUCAGUCAAAAAUAGAGUAAGUGGCAACUUUAUUCCUAGGCGCACUAGCCCAUGUCUGUCCCUUGCCAAUGGGCGUUAUAAGUCUGGCCUCAUCCAAGAGUAGUUUCCAGCCUUGGGCACACUUGUCAUGGGGCCCCUUGGAACAAAAUGUGUGCUAGCCUAAGGCCAAUGAAUUGAGCGUCGAUUAUAGAUUGUGUUAAUCCACUGUUGUCUAUCAGAUAAUAUCUGACAUCUUGAGAAGGAGCAAUCUGCAGCGUCUUCCCCCUUGCUUUAUCCUGGGGUAUGUGGUGGGGAAGAACUGGUUGCUAAAGGAGAGAUGAAAAAGAAAGAGGCUGUAGUACUUGGUCCCCAACAGGAAAACCAAGGCAUUGCUGCCUCUUGUGUGCAGGAGAAGCUGUGAUGUUAUUUUGGUUGGUAGGUGGAAUCUGAUCAUUGCAGCAGUGGUGCCACUGAGAUUGGCUCUUGGUGUAAGCCUACGCGGCAGGGUCUUGCUAUUUACUGUGUUAUCUGUACAGCACCAUGUACAUUGAUGGUGCUAUAUAAAUAAAUAAUAAUAAUAAUAAUAAUAAUAAUGGUGAGGAAAACUGAAGUUGCCACAGAAUGGGGAGAUGCCACAGGAGUGGGCACGGUAAUAUAUGACCAGAGGCCAAUAUAUGACCAGGGGUAGCUCAAUUUGCACAAUUCAAAGCCAGGAGAGAUCCUACGUUGGCAGGGAUAGGGCGGGGGAUGGGAAGGAAGAAGGGUGCUCCAUGGGUCUUGACCUAGACAAGCACAUUGACGGGCAAUGGGGGACACUGCACUAGGAUAAACCAGGGGUAAAACCAAAGGUGGGAGGCCAGGCACAGGCCAGCUGUGUAAGAUGAAGCCAAGCAACCCCUUUGUAGCUCUUCGUGUUGGUUCUAUUUAUACGAGAUUUCAGUUCCUUGCUUGUGAUGCCUUGUUUUUUGUACAGUUUUAUGUACAUGCAGGUGUAGCUUUUUCUAAAAGGAGAAAUCCAAUGGCAGAGUAAAGAGUGCCCAACUAUUUUUCAGAUGGUGACCUAUGUUUAGGUACUGCCUCUCUCUCUUGCUAAAGUUGUAUUGCUCUCAAUGUGAUGCGUUUCCCUUGCACUGGGAAAGCUUUGGUUCUGGGGCUUAGUUCUCCCCAUGCACCAUGAGCACAAUUUAUUCCUUUGUAAUCCUUUUUGUUUGGAGCCGUGAGCAUGACACCUCGUGAGCCCUUUUCUGUUUUCUUCCAUUCUGUUUGUUUGCUGAGCUGUUGGAUGACAAAUUCCAUUGUAAUUAGCCCUCCCAAAGCUUUACAAUAAAAGUGUGAAAACCUUC